UGUGUACUUUGCAGUCUGUUUAAUUGACUAUGGAGAAAGACUAUUAAACAGGGAAAAUCCGAUCCAAGAAUGAUAGAUUUAGAAGACAAGCAUUGUGGGAAGGAGCUUGCUGGAAUCUAUAACAUCAUAACCAUAGCAAGUAAAGUAAACAAGCUUGCACCAAGGGAAGCAACUGUUGACCAAUUUCCUUCUGACGUGAGGUUAGACGUGGAGGUCGAACAUCUAACUGAUGCUGGAUUAACAGUCCCAGUGCAGCUAACCAUUUGGGUUACAGUUAUCACUGUCACUGGACUCACCAUCGAAGGAAUGUGGGUAGAUCUCAGGGCAAUGAUAUUGCCAGAAACACAGUCAGGAAUCCUGCUAAAUAAUGAAGAGAAAGAAGCAGCAGGCGAGGAAGUGGGCGAUGAAGCAGAGGAGGAAGCAGGAGUAGCAGCAGAAGUGGCCACACACCACACCAAGGCGCUGAACCAUGCAAACAACAGCCUGGAAGCACUGCAGAGCAUUAUUGGAUCAACUUGGGGUGCUUUGCUGGAGGCCAUGCAUGUAAUCUAUUAUGGUGUGGUCAUCCCACAGCUCCUAUAUAGAGUCAUGGCAUAGUUUACCCCUGCUAGCAGGCUGAUUCCAGCAGGGAAAUAUGCUAGAAUCAUGAAUGAAUUCACCAAGAUCCAAAAGCACGCGGCUAUACUGAUCAGCAGAGCCUUUCAGGGAACCACUGCAGCUGCACUUAAUAUGGAACUAUACCUACUACCAAUAGGCCUGCAGAUGCAGCAGAUCAUCAAGGAAACUGCUAUUCAAAUCCAGACAGGGCCAAGGUUUGCCUGCCCCCAAGGACUCACAGGAAAGCCACAACUAACCAGAGAGAUACAGUGGGGUGGCCUCACUCCACCGGAGGCACUUAGGAAGAGAGGUGGCCCACUAGCCCCUACCCUAAGAUGCCUGGAGGGAUGGGAAACACAGAAAGUGUAUAUACUCCCCCCAUGGGAGCCACCCCUCCAUUACAUGAUUAAGGACCACAAAGCCGCACUAAUGAUGUACAAUGAAAUAUGCAAAGACAAU